AUGGAGGAAGAAGACGAACUCUUCUGGGAUCAGCAUUCCAAUAGUUCUGAAGAGGAAUUCGAAGGUGAUGUUGAUCUUAUAAAUGAAAUUUUAGAUGAAAUUGAAUCAAAAUAUUCCUUUUUUAACUAUGUUGAAGAUGAUUUGGUUGAAUUUAUACUUUCUCACGAAUAUGAUUUGGAUUUACUUGUAAAAUAUAUCGAGAAUGGUCAAUUUGGCCCAUUUACAAUCAGACAAUACGAUUAUUCACAAUAUGAAGAGGAUGGUGAUACUCAGUUCGAUGAUGAUGGCCAAGAUAAUAGUGAGACAACAGAAUUUAAAAACAAAAUAGCAGAAAAUUCUAUACAAAUUUCAAUAAUUGGCCCAUAUAAAAGUGGCAAGACAAAAUUAAUUAACAAAAUUGCAACAGAAGAUAAAAGUGGAAACUUCACAUUAGAUCUUAGAAAGAAAUCUUUUGUUUUUCACGAUAAAUUUAUCGAAAACUCUUCAUAUAUUGUUAUGAUGGAUGCCACAGAUACAACUAACGAAUACUUUGAUAUCAUGUCAAUAUAUUUUGAAAAAUUACAAAAAAAUGAUAAAAUUAUCAUCGUAUUCAACAAAUUUGAUUUAUCACUUCAGAGGACAAAGAGUCGUACUACAAAAAAUAUGUUGAAAUGA